UAAAUGAGGGAUGAACGGAGAGUAACUCGAUUUUCCAGUUCAUUUCGAGAGUGUCAUCAUGGGGUACAGUGUUGAGGGAAAAAUCGCUUUGAUAACCGGUGCUGCUAGUGGAAUUGGUUUCGAGUAUGCUAUCGCGUUGCUCAGACACGGAUUGAAGGGGGUAACAAUAAUCGAUUCCGAUUCGAAAAAAGGACCAGAAGCAGCUCAAAGUCUGAACGAUCGGUAUGGGAAAAAAGUGGCUCAUUUUUGCCGAGCAGACGUCACUAAGGAGAAUGAAUUGAAGAGUGCCUUCGAUACAGCAUUCAAUGUCUGGAAAACACUGGAUAUCGUCAUAAAUAAUGCCGGUGUCAUGAAAGAUGGAUCAUGGGAAUUGCAAAUUGCGAUCAAUUGUAAUGCUGUUGUAACUGGUUCCCUCUUAGCCCUUGAACGUAUGGGUAAACAUCGUGGGGGUAACGGAGGCAUAGUGGUGAACAUCGCAUCAAUUCUAGGUCUCCAAGAGCUUUCGGGAUGUCCCGUCUACGUCGGAACCAAACAUUUCGUAUUGGGAAUGACAAGGUCUUUCGGACAACCCUAUUUCUAUGAUAAGACUGGGGUGAAAUUCUUAACAAUGUGUCCAGGCGUCACCGAUACUCCUCUUAUAACAGAGGCGUCUUUGUUCGCUCUGACCAAUUAUGAAGGGUUGGGUAAACUGCUAGCAGAGCAACUUGCGUCUUUACCCCAACAAGAACCAGAGUACGUAGCAAAAGGAAUGUACCAUUUGAUCACUCAUGGAGAAAAUGGAAGUGUUUGGGUUUGUGAAGGUAGAGAACCCAUCUAUGAGGUGAAUAUACCAGACAGGCUAACACUACGGAAGAACUAAGCAGAUGUUUUCGAUGGAUGCAUCAAUGGAUUCACCAAUGUAUUCUGCAGGAGAUUUUUAUU